AUGCGUCAAGAAUCCAAUCAAUGUGUCAGUGAUUUUAUUACUAAUCUGACUCUGGCCAUCCAGGACUGUGGGUAUAAAGAGAUCAAGGCAGACAACUUCGAGCACGCAAUGCUCGUUCAGCAGUUGAUCGUCGGUCUGCGCGAUGAAAAAGCUCGGGAAAAUCUCUUAUCAGAGAAGAAGGAUUCGUCAUGGGAGAAAGCCUGUGAUAUCGCCAAUCAUCAGGGGCGCGUGCGGCAAAACCUUCAGCAGCUGAAUCAGUCAAACGAUGGAGUGAUAGCAUCCUUGGAAUCGGAAAUGGCUGUCUCCCUAGUCAACACUGCUGUGUCUUCACCUAGACAGCGACCCUCAGCUCCCUCAAAACAACUACCAUCCUGCUACCGUUGUGGUCAGCAUCAUAUCUGGUGGUCAGACUGUAGACACCAGAAGACGGUAUGCCAGUUUUGCAAGAAAGUCGGCCACAUCGAACGAGUGUGUUUCUACAAAAGUCGAGCGAAUACUAACACGCAUGCAACCUACCCUAAUCCAGCUGGGGAUGGCGAGACGAUACUCCGAAUGUUUUCGGCCAACGCGCCACUCCAAUCGCCCUACACCAUCACGCUUCCGGUUGAUCACCAUCCCGUGAAGUUUGAAAUCGACACUGGCUCAGCUGUUACUCUCAUCAAUGAGGCCUCCCUGCAGAAAUUACCCUCCCCCCUUCCGGCUAACUCAACAUUCCGUAGUUACACUGGACAGAACGUAGACGUUCGAGGGGUCUUUACAGCCGAAGUCGAGCAUGAUGGAGAACUUCAUUACUUGCCGGUUCAUGUGGGAAGAGGAAGCCAGCAACCAAAUCUCCUUGGACGGAAUUGGAUUAACUGCGUGCCUUCUGUGCUAUCCUAUGUACAUCGGAUUGGUGUAAAUCCGGCUUUGGAUUUAAUUUUGGUAAAUCAUAAGGAUCUAUUUCGUGACGAUUCUGCUACCCACUACCGCGGUCCACAUGUUAAGUUCCAGUUUCAGUCAGAUUUCCGCCCCGGUUCUUCAAAGCUCGUACAGUCCCCUAUGCAGUCGCACCGAAGGUCGAAGAAGAGCUGGAUCGCCUACAGAAAGCGUAUAUUAUUGAGCCUGUGCAAUAUUCGGAAUGAGCAGCCCCAAUAG